UCAUUUUUCCUCCCAAACCGGGUAUAAAUAGUGCCGCGAACCUCCACCAACUCAGUCAAGUGUUCGUUCUCCUCCAACGACAACAAUGGCAUUCCAAAAGUUAUCUCUGAUCCUGCUUCUGGCCUGCGUCAGCCUGAUCUCCGCCAGCGCCGUCGACAAAGAAGAGGAGCUCUACAUCAUCCGAAGCGCCCCUUCAGGUUUGGUACUCGACGCCGACGACCCCAUGCAGAUCAAAAUCCAGCACUACACCGGCCAGAGGUCCCAGCUGUUCAAAUUCGUCCGUGGAAGGGUCGCUGGGUUGUUCCACAUCGUCAACAACGACACAGGGAGCGUUCUGGACUUCGCCAAGACCGAAGAGAGAUACACCAAGGUGGUACUGGGUGAUAAGGAAGACACUUUGCACCAACAGUGGUACCUGAACUCCAACGGACGUAUUGCUAAUGCUGAAGCCCACUACAACAUCGAUGUUAAGGAUGCUAAUUACAAACCAGGAAACCCUGUGGGAAUUUGGUACAACAAUAACUCUCCAGCUCAGCAGUUCAUUUUGCAGAAGCAGUCCAAGAGUUACGGAAAACCUUCCAGUGAAGAUCCAGACAACAUGAGCUCCCCCCAAAAUUAAUAAUUAAAAUGUAAUUUUGUUUGAUUGGUUUCUAAUAAACUUUGAGCAUUA